AUGUCCUCGAGUUUCCGCGGGAAAACCCAGCUAGGGGGACUGCUCCUUUCUCUCCUUGGCUGCGUCUGCUUAUGCAUCACCACCGUCCUUCCCCAGUGGAAGACUCUCAGUCUGGAGCUGAACGAAAUGGAGACCUGGACCAUGGGGCUUUGGGAGGUCUGCGUGGAUCAGGAGGAAGUCGCCACCGUGUGCAAGGCCUUUGAGUCCUUCCUGUCUCUGCCCCGGGAGCUCCAGGCAUCCCGCAUCCUCAUGGUGGCCUCCCAUGGGCUCGGACUUGCGGGGCUUCUGCUCUCUGGCUUUGGGGCCGAAUGCUUCCAGUUUCACAGGAUCAGACGAGUGCUUAAAAGGAGGUUUUGCCUCCUGGGAGGGACUUUGGAGGCAUCAGCUGCAGCCACUACCCUCCUUCCAGUCUCCUGGGUGGCCUACACCACAAUCCAAGACUUCUGGGAUGACAGCAUCCCUGAGAUUGUGCCUCGGUGGGAGUUUGGAGAUGCCCUCUACCUGGGCUGGGCUGCUGGUGUUUUCCUGGCCCUUGGUGGAUUACUCCUCAUCUUCUCAGCCUACCUGGGAAAAGAAGAUGUGUCUUCUCCCCACAUGGCUGUUCCUACAACUGCCCCGCCAUCCUGUGCACCAGCACAGGUAUCUGAUGGCUCGUUCUACCUAAUGCCAAGACCUGGGACCCUGUUCACCUAG